AUCUAACUCUACGCUGUGUUAUAUACAUAUAUAAAAUGGAUGACUUUGAUGACAUUCUGCUUGAUGACUACAACAUCAAUGAUGAUUCCAACGAGCCAAAUUCAGUACAAAAAUCAGAAACUUUGGAAAAUCAACCUGAUGAAUUACCUUCAAAAUCAAAUAAAAAACUUAGACUAGAUGAAAGCUUAUUAUUAGAUACAAAAGGUAUACCAUUAUUAAAGAAUGAAAGUAUGCAUUUAAAGUUUAAAGGAAAAGGAUAUGAGAGUGAAGACUUGAAAAAGCUUAUGACUUAUUAUACUAUAUGGGCAAAUAACCUAUAUCCUAAAUUAAGAUUUCGAGAUUUUACACGAAGAGUAACAAAGCAAGCAUCGAAACCACGUAUUAAAGUCAUGAUAAAAGAAUGGCAGCAGGAAUAUAAGGAAAGAAGACAAGUUCGAUUAGAUAUUGAAAGGGAAUUAAAUGAGAAUGCAGAGAAGUCUAAUGAAUUUGACAAUGAAGAACAUAAGUCAAAUGAAAACUAUGAAUCACAUGAUGACGGUGAUGACAAUCAACCUCUAUUUUAUUCAUUGCCAACUAACUCAAAUUCCACUGCAUAAUUUUUUAUUUUUUUUAUUUUUUGUAAUUAACUUUAUAAUUUAUGUUCUAUACAUAAAUAUAUCUUUAUAUUUAUUUUAUUUUUUCGUCUAGCUAGCUAGUUAUAAUAAUUUCAAUAUUCACUUUACUUAUAACAAUUGGUAAUUAUUACAUUUCAAUGUAUUUCUCUAAAUAAACAAACAUAGCUUAUUCAUAA